AUGGCUUAUAACAGAGCAUUACAACGAACUGCACAAACUAUCAGACAAUCUUUCGUUCAUGGCAGUCAAAGUGAAUGGAAUGCUCUACUUUCAAUGAGAUGUCAGGCUUUGUCUACUGCUCUUGCAGAAUCCACGGUCAAAAAGUAUUCCUCAACUUAUUCAGAAUUUUCUUAUUUCUGUCUACUCCAUAAUUUAGACAAAUCAGAUUUUAGAGCCCCGGAAUUAUUCGCUUGCUAUCUUGCAGUUCACAAAAAGCUCUACAGAUUGAAUAAUUUGAAACCUACGUUGGAUUUCUAUUCAAAUUUGGAAGGAUGGUCCGUAAAUUAUUCUAAUCAAUUCUCUAGAAUCAAACAAGGUUUGAAUAAGUUUUAUUCACGAGCCGAUAUUGUUAAACGUAAGAGAAGUGGAAUCUCUGCUCUCAAUGUCAAGCAAUUCAUUGAUAGGAUCUCUAUUAAAGACUCUUAUCUUCACAUGUUGUCUUGUGCCAUACUUUCCGUUGGCAUUAGAUUAUUGGCAAGACCUGGUCAACUGGCUAAUUUAUCAUGGUCUUGUGUUAAACUUGAUACUCCUUUUAUCGGUUGGGUUACUUUUGAUCUUUCUGGUCACAAAACAGACCAAUAUCUGACAGAUGAAGAUGGCUAG